AUGUCUGCAGAGCUCAGAAAGCGCAGGCCUGGAAAAACCAAAACUGGCAGAAGAACCCAAACCCGUGAUAGGAAAUUCUCACAGAAUCAUUGCCUGAAUGAUGAAGUUUCACCUUCGAGAUUGCUUUUCAGAAACUCAGUGUUCUUUGCUAUUGGAUUAACUUUGAGUCUGUAUAUGGGAUACAAACAUGUAAUCUACAUGAAUACACUUCAUGAGAACCGUUUAUGGUUUUCAAAUAUCAAGGAGGUAGAGCGUGAGAUUUCUUUCCGAACAGAGUCUGGUCUUUAUUAUUCAUAUUACAAGCAAAUGCUUAAAGCUCCAUCGAUCAAUCAAGGUUUAUAUGAGUUAACACAUGAUAACAUGACAGAAAACUGGAGGACAAUUAAUGUACUGGAAAGAAUGAAUAUCUAUCAAGAAGUUAUUCUCAGCAUUAUGUAUAGAAUGUUUAAUAUCGCAAAAUGGUUAGAGCCUGUGUAUUUCUAUAUAGACACCGUUUUGUUUUUACAUGGAAUGUAUGUUAUAGCAUUAUAUUGUACAUCAUGGAUGCUGAGUGGAUCAUGGCUGAGUGGUGUUUUGACAGCAGCGUUCUACAUUUUCAACAAGGAAGAUACGACAAGAGUUGAAUUUACCAUUCCUUUAAGAGAGAGUUUUUCCCUACCAUUCCUAUUCAUGCAGAUUGCAUUUAUCACUUAUUAUUUUAGACCUCAAUUAUCACAAUUAAAACAGAGAAUUGUGUGUUGUUUUAUAGGAUUGUGUACAUUAUUCUUUGUGUUGACUUGGCAAUUUGCUCAGUUUGUCUUACUACUUCAAGCUAUGGCAUUAUUUGGCUGUGCUGUACUUGAUAUGGUUCCACUUCAAAAAAUCAAAACUAUAUAUAUUAUUCAUAUCAUAUCUCUUAUGACAGUGUGUACAUCACAAUUUUUUCAUCCAAUGAUACUAGGAUCUCUUGUUCUUAGUUUCAUUCCUGCAGCCUUUAUGGUAUUUCAUAUCAAGGGAAAGAAUUCUUUACCAUGUGGCAUCAUGGGAAGAAUCUUCAGAAUUAUAUUCUAUAUUAUUUCUGUGCUAGGACUGAUGGUAGCAGUUAACAACAUAAUAAAGAACAUCAUCAAUAUUGAAGCCGAUGAACACAUAUUUAAGUUCUUAUCAGCAAAAUUUGGUUUGCUAAUACCAGCUAUAUCUGGAACUGUUAGAAUAUUUACGCUGAAUUUUGGGUUGGAAAAAAGUCUGGCACUGAAAGGGUUGCCAGGUAAUGUCAAGCACAACAUUGUCAGAUUUUUACAGGUUUUUGAUAAACUGUUUAAAUUCUUAGAGUUACCAGCUUUUUACUUUGUAAGGGACUUUGAUGCUAAUCUAUAUUUAUGUACCGGAGCAUUUGGAUUUCUACCUUUUGAUACAUUUGAAAGAUUGUCAAGUAAUGGUUUAUUUCCACUGUAUUUGGUAGUACAGACUGCUCUACUGGUUAUAUUAGCUAUAGCCCUAGUACAGAACUGGAAAAAUGAAUCAUCUCUGAUUGAUAACUGCCAUGCUAAAGAUACACUGCAAGUGGAAAGUAAAUCUACAUCACAUAUAUUAAGUGAAAGACCAGAACUUGUAUUCCAUGCUAUACAGACUGUAUUCUUUGGUUUAAUGGCACUGAGUACUAUGAGGUUUAAAUAUCUCUGGACUCCUGAGAUGUGCAUAUUGGCAGGCUUUGCGAUAGGUGACUCCAAGACAUGGAAAUUUCUUGUUAAGAAAUUUAAUAUCACAUCAGAACUGACUUGUUUGCCUGCACUUUAUGCUGAGUUGGAUGAACUCAGGGAGUUCUAUGAUCCAGAUACAGUUGAUCUAAUGGAGUGGAUAAAGAAUUCUACCAGUAAGAGUGCAGUAUUUAGUGGUAGCAUGCAAUUGUUGGCUGGUGUUAAAUUAUGUACUGGGAGAAAGUUAACUAAUCAUCCACAUUAUGAAGAUAAACAAUUAAGAGAAAAGACAAUACAGGUACAAGUUUUGUGUUUUGUACCUGUCUCAAGAACACAGUACUGGCUUGGCCCCACAACACGCAAAAAUCCUGAAAAUCCUACACUGUACUAUAUCCAAUAUAAACAUAUUGAGAAUAUGCCAGGAUGCGCUGUUGUUCAAAAUCACUAUUGGCCUCAGUAA